UCUGUGAGGGGCGUUGUGUAACGGCUGUGCUGCUCCGGGACGAGUCGGUCCCCGCCCUGGUUUCUUUAAAUACCCUCCACCACGGUGCACCGUUACAUGGGAAAUAACCAGGGAUGUGCUGACUUUAAUCGAGAUAUACUUUAACAACGUGAACACCUUCAACGUCUAGUCUUUGUCUGAGCGGUACCAUGGAGCUGGACCGGCGGCUGCUGCUGGCUCACUGCACGGCUCACGCCCUGUCCAUCGUGGCGGGUCUGCUGGUGGUCGUCCCCAUGGCUCUCAACGGCUCCGCGUUCAAAGGCCGCUGCGCACUCUUCUCCACCGGCUACUGGAGGACAGAGGACCGGGAGGAGCUGACGGGGCAGCCCGGAGACGUCUCCCACCUGGUGGUGCAGCAGUGGGGCCCACCGGCUGCCUGCCAGUGCGCCACAUUUGUGGGUAUCUUCACGGUGCUGUACGGUGCAGCGCAGGGCUGGAGGUGCCUCUUCUAUCUGCACGGACGACAUGAUGACACCCUGUUCUCGUCCUUCCUGACGGUACUGCUGAGUGUGUGCGUUCUCUUCCUGUCCGGAGGGGCCAGUGUUAUCCUGUCUCUGGGAUUCUCCUCCUGGUGUGACACUGUGACUGAUCACAACAAACGGCCGUACAGCUGUGCAGAGUCCCAGUCUGUUCCUCUGUACCUGGAUGUGAACACUUCUUCCUUCUACACAGAGCUCAGUCUGGCACAGGCGUCUCUGUGGGGUGUGACGGCUCUGUGGCUGGCCCAGUCCAUCCUGGCUUUCCUGCGGCUCUACCACUCUCACAGCCAGCACAUCAGCGGGCCGUGUCGUCCCCGAGAGAAGGAGCUGCUGCUGGGUUACAGUCCGUCUGACAGCGGCUCGCCCACACCUCCACAUCCUCCAGCAACACCCACCAUCUUUGUCUAACUGAGAGUGUAUGAGGUAGUGACGAAAGAUAAUACACUUCAUCUUUUUUUCUCCUUAUCUCUAAUGGUAAUGUCCACUUUAGUUCUUGCUACUGCAUGUAGAAUAUGGGCAUGAAAGUGUACGUUUGUAUUUAAAUAUAAUUCAUAAUUCAUCAUCUUUAGAAUAGAGACUGAAUGAUGAAUCAUAUGGGCGUACGUGUCAGCUGAUACAUAUAGAAAUGACAGAUUUGUUUCAGUUCAUUAAGAAACAGUGUUUCUAUUAUAGAGUUUGUCCUCCAGAGAGCACUGACAAGUUUAUUUAUACUUUCCAGUAUCAGUCAGGCUGUAUUACAUAAUGAUAUGAUGUUUGAGCAGGGAUAGCAUCACUUACAUUACAGGACGCUGGCAGUUCAGUCUGCCCUGACACCAGAACUUAGCUCCAGUUUGUUGCCUCUUAUGUAUUAAUUACAUUUGAGCCACAGAACUAGGCAUCUGUUUUUCUAGAUGAUAAAUACCAGUUGAUUUAAAAUCCCCAAAGUCUUUUCUAACCAUGUGGGUGAAAACAUAUUCAGUCCACUGCACGAUAAAAAAGAUCUUAUCGUUUAAAGCACAAUGAUGCAUAACCAAAUUGAUAAAACUGCUCACUUCAGACAACAGUGUGUUUGUAUCUUACUUGUUAACAAGCUGCUCCAAAUACUUAAAGAUACGAUACAACUUACACUGGAAUUUAUUUUGCAUCCUCAGGCGGCUGCACACAGGUUCAACAUACAGUUACACAUAUGACACUUUUUAUAGAUGUACAGAACAAAUCAAACAGUCGUCUUUUUAACUUUUAACAUCUUCUUUUUAUCAAGCAGCAGACUGAAUAUGUUUUCAUCUAUAUGGUUAAAUUAUUCUGGAAAUGCCUCCGACAGCACAAAGUGUUGUUAGCUUCUGCGUUUUUUAAAGCUGUGCUGGAAUUAGUUGAUUUUUAGCUUCAGUGUAAUGGUGAUACACGAGAGCUACAAACUGGGACUAACCUCCACUGUCUUGGGACAAAAAGGGAUCUUACAGAAUAAAAAGACACACUCAUCAGAAUAGUUGAAAACAGAUGUGUUCAGUGAUCUAAUGACCACUGUGUCAUUUAGAAGCUAAUAAUGAUCCUCCUCAUUUGACUGUGACUUUGUGAAUUAAUGCAUUAUAAUUUAUGCUCAUCACUGAUGGUGUUUUUCUUACAGUCUGUUUGAGUAUAUAUUUAAUAUGCAUGGUUGUUUACAUUUCUGCUGGAGUCUGACAUUUUGCACAGUCGUGUCCUCGUCAGGGAGAAUACACUUUGUGGACUGUUCUGAGUAUAAUAUUCAGAUAUUCAGAUGUAGCACUGAGGCGCUUUUAUUGUGAAGCAUGUGGUGAGAGUGUGACCGAGCCACUGAGUAACAGGCUCACUGUGUGAGCAUGACCCAAAUGCUCUGUUGUGUAACGGAGAAAAAAAAUCACCGCUGGCUGUCUCUCUUCUUGUGACGAUUUUUAUCAUGAUGCUGUCUGUCUGGACGCAGCCGCUUUCGGGGCGUUAAUGAAGCAGUCAGAUCUCCUCAAGUGAUACUUACAGAGUCUUUAGAGAGUAAUGAAGAGACACAGGAUCUGUGACAGUUUUCAUGUUGAGAGAGAUUUUGUGCAGAGCCCAGAGGGGUCAGUGAAAAGGAAAGAAGUUAUUCACUUUGCUGAGUUUCUAAAACAAAUGAUUCAAAGUUGAACUAAACUUCUCUCCUGUUAUCACAGACCCAAGUGGUUGUAAUGACACACAGACAGCGGAACAGGAAAUCUGAAGUAAAGAGAGAUGAGUCAGUGAUGUCACUUGAAUUGUAACAUAUGAAAUGUUUUUGUACUAUAAUUGACAAUGUUCUUCCUUUUUACCUCUUAUAUCUGUUUGUGCUCAUUUGCAUUCAUGUUUUUUGCAUUUGUCUUGUUUGUCAAAUAAAAAGUUUCCCAUUCUGAAA